AACCUCAAUGUCUCAAAACGUGCAGACACGAGCUGCAAUAAUGACGCUCACGUGACCACAGACGCGACAAACAUUGCUGCGGAAGUCAAGGAGAGUAGUGCCGUCAUCACAAAAAACAUCGCAUCAGAAGUGACGGAAAUUGUCAACAACGAGAAGAAGGAGGAGACUCAGAACUCCAAAAACGCUUGCGUCAUCACAGACAUUUCAUCACCAGAGGUCGGUGAAAUCUCCGACUUUGGGGUCUACAAGGAGGUAGAAGGUUCGAAGGUCAUCAAGUCCAUUCUGGAGUCACGGCUGACCGAGCACGAGAGUGACCAUGAGGAGGAGAACAGCGAGACUGAGAGCGCCAUCGCCGCCAUGACGCUGCUGACUCCCGAGGAGAACCAAGGUGGUGGAGACGACAGCUCAGCCACAGCCCCGGCCGACUCCGAAGACGAGCUGGACGGUGCCGAGUUCAGUUCUUCCGAAACCACCGCUCUGCUCCCGCCAGGCCGCGAAGACAGCAGCAACAGCAACAGCAACAGCGACAACAGCACUGGUGCAAACGACGACGGUGCUGAUAUUAACAAAACCUCAACGACCACCUCGCUGGAUCCUCAGACCGUCCUGUCUAGUUUAGAGCGAACGAGAGACAAAAAAUCCCCGAGCCGUUUCUCCGUAGACGUCGAGUGCGAGUCUGUUGUGUCGGAUUACUCCGAGCUGGGCGGACCUCUCAAAGACAUCGAAAGAGACGUGCACUAUUUGGACCGCGAUACGCUACGUUCCGAGGAGGGAGGCGACUCCUGGCUAGAGCUGAGUCGCCAGGAGGGGGAGUUCGAGUCCGAGGUGGAGAGGAGGGAGGGCGAGAGCCAGGCCGAUUUUGAGAAGAGGAUCAGGAAGAUUAACCUCCUGAGUUUGGCACAGGAGUUCGCCGAGCUGAAAAAGGUGGACGCGCAGGCGUGUGCUUUUAACUUUCACCGCAACCAGAGCGUGAAGAACUUGCGUCAGAGUCUGAGUCCGGCGGGCUCAAGGGGUCAGUCGAUUGAAAGGUCAAGGAGGACCAACUCGAAAAGUCCGCUGAGAGCAUCGUCGUUGGCGGGCGGAGGAAACAUGCCGGGCAUCAUGGCGACCAGCGGGGGUCAUGACCUCUCGCAGAAAGAUGGCAAAGAUGGCACCUCUUCCGGAGCCGAAAAUAUGACGACGUCAUUGCCGAAGAAUUAUGAAAAGUCGUCGGUUGCUGCGGCGAACCAACGAACAGAAGAUCCUCCCGCCAACGAGGCGAGGAGGGGGGAUUCGAACCUGGACCUCCCAGCAAACAUGCGACCCAACCGGUUUAUGAUGGGUUCUCCUCGCCUGGAGAGGGAUGGAAGUCGGCCCGCCAAUGCUGGCUCACAGGGAAAUAGCAGCGACGCGGAAGGCGACUUUGACGUGUACAACAUCGAGUCCACGCUACCGCACGUCAACUGGGCCACUCUGGAGAAACAGCUGGAGAUAGCGGCCAAGGAGGGACAGAACAGAUUGGAGAGCUGCAAAAAUGAGCGGGAAGAAAUCCGGCGUCGCCUGGCCAUGUCAACAGAGGACGAGACCACGGCAGACGAGCCGGACCCCUCAGAGACUCUCUCCCCGAGGAAGCAGAGACUGCAGGACCGUCUUCAGGCCACCCCCAGCGGCAUGCAGAUCUGCUUCAUGAACGAUGACGUGCUAGAUGACGACGAGGACGAUAACCUGAUCACGGCCAGACUUGACGACCCUGACAACGAGUCGUCGUCCUGCCCGGAGUCCUCCAGUGAGGACAAGAGUGGCUCGCUGACCGAGUGUUGAACGAGGACCUGGUGCACCUACUUAUAGAGCGCGAUGAUCUUCACAUGGAGCAGGACUCGAUGUUGGUUGACAUUGAAGACUUGACGAGCCACUGCCAUGAUCCAAAGACCACCAACAACAACAAGAAUCUCCUCAAUAACAACCGGCCCACCAGCCGCAGAGACCGACGCAAAUAAUGGAGUCUGAAAUAAACUUUUGUUGAAUGAAAGAGGAACGUCUGAUGUAAAACUAGCGUUGAUACAAUUUGUCAAAUGAUCUGACCGAUGUAACCUAUGAUUGAAAAGGGUACCGUCUGGAAGAACUUAUGUUGAAUGAGAAAGGUACAUUUGAUAUAGAACUUAUUGUGUUGAUAUUUGUCAAAUGGUUUGACCGAAGUAACUGAUGAUGAGGGAAAGGAGUACAAUUGUUGUAGAAGUGAUCUUUAUUAAAGAGGUACAUUUCAUGUAAUAAUACAGGCAAUAUUCAUCAGGAUGUUUGAACUGGAAGGACCUGUGUGGAGUGAAAGGGGUACAUUUAAUGUAGAAGUGUCAUUAUGCUGAUAUUUGUCAGGCAAUUUGAGAAAAAUAAUCAGUUAGUGAAAUCGGUACUCUUGAUGUAAUAAUAAGGUCAAUAUUCAACAAAAGAUUUGAAUAGAUCCAAUUGGCAGACAGGAUCUCCAGUGAGAAAGUCUUGAGGAGAAUAAGCCCAGUCAGAGAUGAAAGGAGGCGGUAAUAUACAAUGGAUUGGGCAUACUUUCUGGAAGCCAAGCAGCUGCAUAAUGGAGAAAGCGCUGGAUUUGAAUCCACAGGGUAAGAGAUCAAAGGGAAGGCCAUGUGGAACCUGGAGAACUGUCACAGAGAAAGAUUUACAGAAAGGUGGGAAGACGUGAAAUAACAUCAAGAGGCUAGCCCAGGAUAGGGAACGGUGGAAAGUGGUUUUUUUCAUGGCUUAAAUAUACACUAAUGCAAGGGAAGAAAGGCAGUGAUGAUGUUUAUGAACUUAACA